AUGCAUCCACUUACCCUCACCCUCUUCACCCUCCUACCCUCCACCCUAGCACUCCCCCGAAAACUCUCCACCCCCCAACCAUCCCUCACAAACAUCACCUACUGGGGCAGCGCCUGUCCCCCAGACAAAAGCGGCCUGACUACCGUCCUCGGCCCCCCAAGCACCAACACCACCAACACCACAUCCUUCCCGCUAUCCUUCACACUGUCUAAUUUUCUGCCCACGCUAGAUGGCUCUUUCGGCUCGUCGCUGCGCAUGUGCGACAUAGUUAGUACCGUCACUAUCGGCAAUGACGACGACGAAGAAACCCCAGGAUGGAAAGUCGUGGUGAACAAACGGGGUACAGGUGUCAGUGGCGAAGCCAAGGUACCGGGGAACGCGACCAUGUUUCUGAGAGGGACGUAUGCUUUUGUCGAGAGUUCGGAGAAGCAGGUAUGUUGUGCACCCCCGUUUCCUUCUCCCUUCUUCGCAUUUUUUGUACUUUGUUUGUUCUUGUGGUAGG